UAAAGAAAAGGGGAUGUUACCGACACCAACGAGAUAGCAACCACUCCAGAUUCAACUGUGCAGACAAGUGGUAUUUAUCUCUCUCACUCUCGCCACCUCCCCCUUGCCUCAGCUCUGUCAUGCCUCGCUCAUUCCUGGUCAAGAGUAAGAGACCAGGGUCUCACCCCCUUUGCUUCUCUAAAGGCACCAGACACACAAACCCUGACCAGCCACAACCUCAUACAAAUGAUCAGAACAGGCAGAACAGGGCGUGGCGGGAAGUAAGGUCCCCACAUCGGAGCCCCUUCCAGGAGGACCAGGGCAACCUGUGCUCAGGGUCAGAGGUCAAGGACACCCUGGAAUACCCCUUCCCUAGCUGGGACGCCAUGGCAACCAGACCACACAGCACCUCGCCAGCUGACCUCUGGACCAGCUGGUCUGCAGAAACCCAAGUGUACGAUGGUGUGGAGCCUUCCGAGUCUGCCCUGCCCUGGUCCCCACACUGGCCCCGAGGCCCUGACAGAGAGAGGGAGCUGGAGAAACUGGUCCAUGUCUUACUGAGCCACAGGCCACACAUGGACCUCAACUCCACCAGCCCAUGCCCCCUCUGUGAAAAGGUCUUGUCCUCAGGAGCUGUACUCAAGACUCAUUUACUCAGGUCACGCACAUGCGUGCAUGGAGUUCCAUUGGCCACAUCAGCCAAAGCCCCAGAGCACCCCUAUGAGUUCAAACAAGCUCUGGGCAUGUACGGAAGACCAAAGGAGCGUAGCUAUAGCUGUAAGGAGUGUGGGAAGGUAUUCAAGCGCUCCUCCACCCUGUCCACCCACCUGCUCAUCCACUCUGACACCAGGCCCUACCCCUGCCAGUACUGUGGCAAGAGGUUCCAUCAGAAGUCAGACAUGAAGAAACACACCUUCAUACACACAGGUGAGAAGCCCCAUGUGUGCCAGGUGUGUGGCAAGGCCUUCAGCCAGAGCUCCAACCUCAUCACCCACAGCCGUAAACACAGCAGCUUCCAGCGCAGACUGGACCUACAGCGCCACCAGGAGACACAAUGUUUUCAUAGCAGCGUGUACACACAGAGCUGAGGCCAUGGGUAUAAUGGAGAUUUGUAUUACACAAGUACUGUAUGUAGCACAAGAAUGAGUGCUUUGUAUAGAUAUUGUUGACCGGUAUUUGCAGUUCCGUUCAAAUAUGGUACUUUGAUCAGUGACUGAGGCUAAGCACAUUACUUGUGUUCAAGUUAUGGGGCAUUUGUUUUUGUGGAUUUGCUUUCGCUCACAGCUUUUCAGGUUGACCGUUUGGUUAGUGCUUGAGGGGACCUGAUCACUUUAACAUCUCUAGCAAUGUCAUAUAUAUUGUGCGAGCUGGAUUCCGCCCAUAGCGCAGAAGCUCAGCGUUGUAGCCGGUUGAAAUGUAAAGGUCAUUUUCGAUUGAGCCAAUAUAUGCAAUAUUUACCACGAAUGCUGUCUCCGCCAACACGGAAACAUUGCCUUUAAAUGCCAGUCAUGCUUUAACGCUACGGAUUGAAUCCAGCCCUUUAGGCUCUGGUCUCUACUAUGCUGUAUGUCUAAAAAGGACACCUUAUGAAAAAUAGGUGGUUUGAAGAGUGACAAAGCAAGCCCUAUUUCCCACUGUAAUUGGCCAUUUUCCUCAGAGCCGUUGCAAUUGUAGCUCCCAUUGUUGGUGUAUGAAUGAAGCUGCCAUUUUCACUUCACUGUGGCAGCCCACCCAAGGGCAUAAUAAUAUACAAUCAGGCCAUGUGGAACAUGUGAAAAAUAAUGUCUUUGACUGCAGUACGACCAGAGAGAGACAAUGAUUAUGUUGAAAUGAUGCUCCACAACGUGACUGUAUAUUUUCAGGGAUUUAGAUACAAAAAAUGAAAUACUCUGUUUAAGUUUAGA